ACUGGCAGUACAUCUCUCUUAAGAAGAGAUAGCAAGUUCAAUAAUCACCAAUAUGGACAUCUCCAGUUACCUGGCUGUAGGUGGCUGGUUCAUCCAGGUUAUCUUUGACAAGUAUCUGUCCUACAAGCUUUGGAGGUGGGCGGCUGACUAUGGCAUCGACCAUGAGCUGGACAGGCUUCGUGUUGCUUUGCUUCGCACACAGUCAGUUCUCCAUGGAACUGAGCUGGUGCCAGAACUCUCCAACAGCUCCCUUCCAUGGAUGCGGGAGCUCCGAGAUGUCAUGUAUGAUGCAGAGGAUCUCCUAGACAAGCUUGAGUACAACCGUGUCCAUCAUGAAAUGGAAGAAUCCAGUGCAAACGAGAGCAGCAGUAGCCCAAUCAGCACCUUCAUGCAUUCCCGGUUUCGCAACCAAGGUACCCCAGCUUCUAGCCUGGAACCAUGUUGGGAUAGAUCAACCAAGGUCAAGAAAAAGCUAGUAAAUCUGUUGGAGCGUCUUGAGCAGGUUGCAAGUGGAGUUAGUGAAGCACUCAGCUUACCAAGGAACAUCAGAAGCAAUAAUCGCUACAUCAUGACUAGCUCAAUAGCCCACGGGAAAAUCACCGGACGGGACUCCGAAGCUCAACGGUUAGUAACCACUCUAUUAAGUUCUCAUGAUGAGAAUCCAGUCGCUGUUGUCUCUGUUAUUGGGGUAGGUGGCAUAGGCAAGACUGCUCUAGCACAGCAUGUGUACAAUACCACUAGAAUAACAGAGAACUUUGACGUGAGAAUGUGGAUCUGUGUUACUGAUCUCUUUGACGAGUUGAGGAUCACAAAAGAAAUGCUGGAGUCAGCUUCCAGCAGUCGGUUUAGGCAUGACGGCACAACAAAUUUCAACAGACUUCAAGUGGCGCUGAAGGCAAGACUUGCGUCAAAACGAUUCUUCCUUGUCUUAGAUGAUGUUUGGAACAAUCACAACAUGACAAUGGCAAUAGAACAAGAGAACUGGCAGAAGCUGCUAGCCCCCUUACAGGCCGGAGCAAAGGGGAGCAAGAUACUUCUGACAACUCGGUCCAGGAUGGUGGCAGAGAUGCUACAAUCAUCCUAUAUAAUUAGCUUGGAGGCCUUGUUAGUUAAUGAUUGCUGGUCCGUGAUAAAGACUUCUAUGUGUGACGAGACGAACCAUACCAUCGACUCACAAUUGGAGGACAUUGGAAGGAAAAUUGCCGAGACACUCAGUGGUCUUCCUCUUGCCGCAAAGGUGGUAGCUGGACGCCUGAAAUGUAAACACAGUGUAGAUGAGUGGAAACAAGUCUUGCAGAGAAAUGCAGUAUGGGAGGAAAUCAUGCCAAUUCUACGAACAAGCUAUGAAAAUCUGCCAGCACACCUAAAACAAUGCUUCGCAUAUUGCAGCAUCUUCCCCAGGGACUGGGAAUUUGAAUCUGAGCAGCUGAUCCUCCUGUGGAUAGCACAAGGUUUUGUACACCCAGAUGGUUGCAGGAGAAUGGAGGACAUUGGGAAAGAAUACCUACUUAAUUUAUGUAAUCGGUCAUUCUUCACCAUUCAGAACAAAGAAUUUGUUAGCUAUUAUGUAAUGCCACCUGUAAUUUAUGAACUUGCCAAAUCAGUUGCAACCGAAGAAUGUUUCAGAAUAGGAGGUGACGAAUGGACAAGGAUCCCGUCCUCAGUGCGCCAUCUGUCAGUUCAUCUAGAUAGCCUUUUGGAGCUUGAUGAGACCAUCCCGUACAAGAAUCUGCGCACUCUCAUUUUCCUCACAAGCAGAACGGUGGCCCCAAUCAAAGUUUCCAUCCCUCAAGUAGUUCUCGAUAACAUACAAAGCCUUCGUGUGUUGGAUUUAUCACCAUGCAAGAUGGACAGACUUCCUGACAGAAUACGACAAUGUGUGCAUCUCCGGUACCUAAAUGUCUCAUCAACUACCAUCAACACACUACCAGAAUACUUGUGCAAACUCUACCACCUACAAGUUCUGAACUUAUCAGGUUGCAGGCUUGAAAAAUUGCCUUCCAGAAUGAACAACUUAGUCAAUCUUCGACAUCUCACAGCAGCUAAUCAGAUUGUUUCUGCUAUAACAGACAUUGGCAGGCUGAAAUGCCUUCAGAGAUUGCCGAUUUUCAAGGUUACAAGAGAGGAAACACACAAAAUAGCUCAGCUUGGGCAUCUACAUGAGCUCCAAGGAUCCCUCCAGAUCAGAAAUCUUGAGAAUGUUGACACUCCUGAUGAGGCAAAGGAAGCUGUGCUGCACAAGAAAGACCAACUAUCUAUGCUGCAGCUGAUGUGGGCAUCUGAUCGAGAUGAAGUUAAUGCAAAUAGGGAAGAGGAUGUACUAGAAGCUCUCCAGCCACAUCAAAAUCUGAAGAGACUAGACAUCAUGGGUUGGAUGGGAGUCAAAUCCCCUAGUUGGCUUGAGAGCAAAUGGCUAAGUUAUCUUGAGCUUAUCUUCCUAAGUGGCUGCAAUGCUUGGGAGCAGCUUCCACCACUUGGUCAGCUUCCCUCUGUCAGAACGAUCUGGUUACAGCGUUUGAAAAUGCUGAGGCAGAUAGGCCCAGAGGCAUAUGGCAGUGGCAGCCAACAGGUGCCAUUCCAAUCACUGGAGGAGCUGGUGCUUGAUGACAUGCCAGAACUCAGUGAGUGGCUAUGGAGUGGUCAGACAAUGAGGAAUGUCCGCAACAUUGUGAUUAAGGAUUGUGAGAAGCUCCAAGCACUGCCUCCACUACCUCCUAACUUUACGGAGAUAACAACUGCAAGGAAAGGGUACUGGGUACCAUACCACCAUGACGUAAAGUUGGCACAUGCGACCACUGGCAGAUCCAGUGUCUCAUCUCUUUGCAUAUUCAACUGCCCUCUGUUACUUGCCAGUUUCUCCUCACCAAUGACCAAUGAAAUCAUAGCAAGCUUUGGAUCACUUAGAAGCAUUAUCACUGAUCAAAUGACAAUACUCAGGUGUCCUCUUAUAAGAGAAAGGCUUGAGCUCAUUGAGAGCCUAGAAAUCCAAGAUUGCUCAGAGAUGACCUCCUUCAGUACAGAUGAUGACGAUGUCCUCCGACAGCUCAAGUCACUCCAGAGCCUAUGUAUAAGUGGCUGCAAUUCUCUGCAAUCACUUCCUUCCACACUAUCCGGUAUAGAGUCCCUGUAUAAGUUGGUCUUAUGGAACUGCCCUGAGUUGGAAUCACUGACAAAGGAACCUCUGCCACUAUCCCUUAGGAAGAUUGAAGUUGCACUCUGCCACCCACUGCUCAAGGAGAAGCUCAUAAAAGAAUAUGGUGUUGACUGGCCAAAGAUUGCACACAUCCCUUGGAUCGAGAUAGAAGGUGAAAUUCUGCAGAGAUUGAAAACAGAACAAUAGUGUAUUUUUUUCAAUCUCAAACUUAAGAUCCAUUAUUAUAGAUGUUGAUGUAACUUAAAUUUAAGGUUGGCAAUUUGGUGUACCAAAUACUUCUAAAAUUAAACAAGAUUCGUUUAACUC